AUGAGUAGAUUUAGAUUACGUUACACAAGGACACAACUAGAAAUUUUCAGAUUUUCUUUCUGUCUACUGGCCCCAGUAGCCGUUAUGUAUUACAUCGGGACAGAUACUGAUAGAAAGCUAAAUGUACCUGGAUUUUGGCCUGAUCCUGAGUCAUUGAAUAAAAUUCCUAAAGAGCCUCUAGAAAUUAAGGCAGAACUAGCAAGAAUGCGUCGUGAUAAGAUGGAAAAGCGUGAAAAGCUUGUGAAACUUCUAGAGGAAGAGUAUGGCAUGGAAAAUGUGGAAGAAGAACUGGCAAAGCUAAAGGCAGAACUACCAAAGUAA